CCUCAGGAGCUGGAUGGGUACUACUACCCGGAGGACGGGGGCAACGGCACCAACGACGAGUACUGGUCCUUGGGCCCGAGCGACAACCUGCUGUGCUCCCUGGAGGAGGUCAGGGCCUUCUCCAGGCUGUUCGUACCCGUCGCCUACUCCUUGAUAUGCGUCUGCGGCCUCCUGGGCAACGUGCUGGUGGUGGUCACCUUCGCCUUCUACAAGAAGGCCAAGUCCAUGACCGACGUGUACCUGCUGAACAUGGCCGUGGCCGACAUCCUCUCGGUCCUCACGCUCCCGUUCCUGGCGGCCACGCACGCGGCCGACGAGUGGCUGUUCAGCAACGCCGUGUGCAAGCUGGUGCGGGGCGUGCACUCGGUCAACUUCUACUGCGGCAUGCUGCUGCUGGCCUGCGUCAGCCUGGACCGCUACGUCGCCAUCGUGCAGGCCACCAGGUCCUUCCGCCUGCGGGCCCGGGCGCUGGCGCACCGCCGCGGCAUCUGCCUGGCCGUGUGGGCCGUGUCGGUGCUCAUCUCCGUGGCCACCUUCGUCUUCUACCAGAAGUACCCGGCGCCGGGCCCCGUGCCGGACGGCGGGCGGCAGAGCCACGUGUGCGAGCCGCGGUACGCCGGCGUGUCCGAGCCGCUGCACUGGAAGCUGCUCAUGCUGGGCCUGCAGCUGCUCUUCGGCUUCUUCGUGCCGCUGGUGUUCAUGGUGGUCUGCUACCUGCUCAUCGUCCGCACCCUGCUGCGCGCCCAGAACGCGAAGCGGCACCGGGCUGUCCGCGUGGUGCUGGCGGUCGUGCUGGUCUUCCUGCUCUGCCAGGUGCCCCACAACCUGGUGCUGCUGGUGACGGCGGCCAACCUGGGCAGCAUGGGCCGGUCCUGCCGCGGGGAGAAGCUGCUGGGCUACGCCCGGCAGGGCACCGAGGCCCUGGCCUUCCUGCGCUGCUGCCUGAACCCCGUGCUGUACGCCUUCGUGGGCCAGAAGUUCCGGGGCUACUUCCUACGGAUCAUGAAGGGCCUGCUGUGCGUGCGGCGGGGCCCGAAGGCCCCCGGCUUCUCCUGCCCCAAGCUGCAGUCCGACACCUUCGCCUCCAGGCAGAACAGCGAGACCCCGGACAACGACAACGCCUCCUCCUUCACCAUGUGACGCGCCCCGCGCCUCGGGGGCACGCCCUCCCACGCAUGCGCAUGGUGCCCGGACGCGGGGGA